AUGAGCACUCAACCUGCUCAUCCACCAUCCCAAUCUACCUCAUCGACUAGGCCACCAGUCACCCUUGGACAGACCACACACCUUGACCCAGGCGCCUACGUUCGCGGUACUCAUGCCAUCACCCUCGGCGAGCAUGUUCUCAUCCAUCCGCGCUCUCACCUCAUAGCUGUCAACGGCCCACUGUUGAUUGGUGAAAAAUGCAUCAUCUCAGAGAAAUGUGUCGUUGGCGGACCUGUGCAGAGCUCAAGCGUGGCCGAUGCUGCCUCUAAACCAUCCAGUGGUAGUGCCCAACCCAGCCCACUAUUAGCCCAUGGCGAUGAAGGCGACGAUGAGGAUGCAGACCCAGUGAAAACAACGAUAGGAUCAAGUUGUUUCAUCCAUGCAGCAUCGCAGAUUCAUGCAGGGGCCACGAUCAAAGAUGCUGUGCUCAUUGAACCUCACGUCACCGUGCUUGCGGGUGUAACAAUUGGCUCCCAUGCAAAAGUCUGCGCUGGCAUUACCGUCGAUCGGGAUGUAGAGGACUGGGCAGUUAUCUAUGGAAACGGAAAUGUCAAGCGGCGGAGAAAGCAGCCCCGAUCAAUUACGGAUGCUGAGGCAGAGCACGCUGAUCUUGUUGAGACGAUGAGGCUGAAAGCGAUGGACAAAGAGCGUGAGGGCACGACAGCUAUCCUGAAAAUGGCAGCUCGGGUGGCGACUAUGGCCAAGAAGAAAUGACGAAGCAGUCAUAGUACUCCUUCCAGAAACCCGGCUGCUAGAACGAAGACAUUCCCAAUCAAUAGAGCCGAUGCUCUGGACCACAAUCUACGUUCCUCAAUUCCACCAUGCCAAGUUGUCGCUCUACGACCGGACAGCGAGGCUGACAAAGUUGCUCAGCAUCAGUUGCGAUACCACUGCACCCGCCAAUACACCUGUACAAGCUUUAUACGUAUCGAGGAAUGUGCCGGUCCGGUCGCAAGAGAGAUCAGAGCCUUCCAACUUGAUAGGUUUCGUGAAUUGCACAGACAUAUCAGUGUCAAAGUGACUUAACUGGGUCAAGGGGGUUGGAAGUCAAACGCUACGCCUCGGUGUACUGAGGAUUGACAUUCUUUAAUCCCGAUGGGUACACUUCUUCGUCUGUGGGGGACCAUGUCUCAAAUCGAGGUACGAAGUCGGCCAGGAAGCAAACAGCGUCGUCUGAAUGGUCGAACCAUAGUGGACAUUCAGGCACGAUGGAGACGUCACUGGACAGUAUCUCUGCACUAGAGAGCGUCAUGCCUCCUUCCGACCAGCCGCAGCAUUCGGUGCUUGUGGGAAUGCCACUUUUUGUUUGUUGGACAUAACUCAAUUUACGAACGUGGGCGGGAGUGUCUUGAGCAAUCAACAACCAAUUCAAC